AUGAGGCUGACUCCAUCGGAAGAGAGGGUGGUGGAGCAAAUGAUGCAUCAGAACAUAAAACAACGAGACAUUCUUGCUGCCAUUAAAGAACAGAACCCCCAUAAUGUCUCAACAAGAAACACCAUAUACAACGCGCGGGCCAAAUUGGGUCGAAUGGAACAAGUCGGCGAGACUCCAAUGCAGAUACUUUUCGACUGGUUGGAGAAGGUUGGGUUUGUUUUUUACCAUAGAACAUCUCAAAACGGCGAACGUGUCGAGGAUGUUUUCUUCAUUCACCCGGAGUCGAACAUGUUGUGGCGCGCCUUCCCGCAUAUGUUGCUUAUAGACUCCACCUACAAGACGAAUCGGUACAAAAUGCCGCUAGUACAGAUUAUCGGUGUUACAUCCAUGUUGAUGUCGUUUUGCAUUGCUCAUGCGUUCGUAAGCAACGAGAAACAGGAAAACUUCACAUGGGUUCUAUAG